CAUAACAUUUUAAAAUGGUUGAAAAAGUUUCAUUGGCUCAACUUAAGAGUCUCCAAUGGGGACGUUUCUUCAAUAUGUUUUACAUAGAACCAGUAAUUUUUAUGCUAUUAUUCUCGCAUAUGUUGUCGGGCACUGUGAUGCGCAAUCAGCUCAUUUAUCAGACCUGUACUGUGAUUUUUCAGUACAAUGUGUCAGACUGUGUGCAAUUGGAUAGCAAAAAUAUAACUCCAGAACUACAGGCCAUUGAAACAGAAUUGCAAAACUACGUGACCAGCAUGUUUCUGACACGUACACUUUUCGAAAGUAUUGUUCCAGCCAUUUGUGGAUUAUUUAUUGGAUCCUGGUCGGAUCAUUAUGGUCGAAAGCCUCUCUUAAUUGUCUCCAUGGUCGGCUUCUCUGCAUCUUCCCUGAUGUCAAGUGUUAUAUGCUGGCUCUCCAGUUACUAUAUGGUUAAUCCCUGGUGGUACACCCUGGCUGCACUGCCUCAUUCCCUUUUGGGUGGACUGUGUGUGUUCUCAGUGGCUGCCUUUUGUUUUAUUACAGAUACCACAGAUAUGAAAACAAGACCAUAUAGAAUGAUUUUUAUGGAAAUGGUUCUAUUUGUGGCCCUAACUAGUGGCUCACUUCUGUCCAGUUUUAUUUAUGCCGCCACCAGUGCCGCUUUCAUUCAGAGUCUCUCCUGUUUGAUUAUAAUUUUAGCUACACUUUUUAUUAUUUUCUAUCUGCCCGAAAGCCUUGGAAUGUGUCCCGACCAGGAUGAAGUUUCGGACGACAAAUGCGCAAAGGACAUUGUUGUCACUGUUACAGAUAAUAAGCUUAGUGACACCAAAGACCCGGAAAAAUGCGAAGAUCCACCCAAGUAUGAGAUAGGUGAAAAGCCCGUAGAUACGGAAACUGGCUUGUUCAAUCUAAAACAUGUGAUGGACAUGUUUAAAACUUGCUUCCAAAUAAGACCCAACAACGCUCACACCAUCAUCUGGCUGGUUACUUUGGCCGGAUUUUUGUCCAUUUUUGUGGUUGAUGGCGUUAUGACUGUGAUGUACUUGUUUGUCCGCCAACAGUUCCACAUGACAGUCCGGGAGUUUACCAUUUUCGAGACUGUCAGUCAAUCGGUUACCAUGCUGGGAGCCCUCCUCGGGUUUCUCAUUCUGCGAAAGGUUUUUCGCAUGUCUGUGGUGUCCUUGGCCUUGCUCUCGAUAUUCUCCGAAAUUCUUAGCAAUCUGGCCAGGGGAUUUGCCUAUCUUCCCUGGCAUUUGUAUCUGUCUGUGGUCUUGGGGGUCUUUCGCUCUAUUCAAGGGCCCAUGUGCCGCACAAUUGUAUCGAAUAUUGUACCAGCUUCUGAUACAGGUAAACUAUUUGCAAUUGGAAACAUCGUGCAAUCCUUUGCACCAUUUGUUGCUGCUCCCCUAUACACGGCCAUUUACAAGAAUUCCCUCGAGAGGAAUCCCGGAGAAUUCAAUUUCUUAAGCUCGGCGCUCUAUUUAAUAGCAUUCAUCCUAAUUGGCUUUGUGAUGCGAAUUAAAUUCAAGCACCGAAAGUUCUACGCCGAGACGCUCAAAUAGCCAAAAUAAACAGAAAUUCCAUCAAUAUUGAUUGUGGCCCAAGUUGGCCAACUUUACAAAAGCCUUGUUUAUAUUCGAGCCGAAAACUUUGUGUGUACUGCAUUAAACAACCAAGACCUGGGCACAAGAUUGGGUCUUAAGCUAAUUUAAUUGAAUGCCACAAACGAAAUUUGAAAUACCAUUUUGAAUGAAAUUAAAAGAUUAGCAUUUCAGCUUGGCAAA